AAUCGAUCGAAGGAUCAUUCAACUGUAAACAUGAAGGGAUUCAUCGUGAUCGCCGUCCUGGCUCUGGCCGCUGUCUCCAACGGAUCCUACCUGCCAGCUGUGCAGUCGGUCCUUCCGUACUCCUACAACUCUGGACUCUAUGGACUGGGUCUGAACUCGUAUGAUGGUCUGGGUCACUAUUCCGGGCUUGCUGGACUAGGAUACUCCUCCGUGUUGGAUAAUGGACUGUCCUACGCGUACCCAGCCGCUCUUCCGUACUCUUUCUACAACAACGGUCUGUACGGAGGAUACUACGGCGCCAAGUACGCCCCAACUGUAGUCCAGGCCAACUUGAACACUCUGAACACCGUCAAUCCAUUGGGUCUUUAUGGAGGAUACCAUGGAACGAAAUAUGCCCCGACUGUGGUCCAGGCCAACGUGAACACUCUGAACACCGUCAAUCCAUUGGGUCUGUAUGGAGGAUACUAUGGAGCGAAAUAUGCCCCGACUGUGGUCCAAGCCAACGUGAACACUCUGAAGACGGUCAGUCCGCUGGGUCUGUAUGGAGGAUACUAUGGAGCGAAAUAUGCCCCGACUGUGGUCCAAGCCAACGUGAACACUCUGAAGACGGUCAGUCCGCUGGGUCUGUAUGGAGGAUACGGUGUGGAAAACGGAUUCGGUCUCGGUCACGGAUAUGGCUACGGAUACAACAACUACCUCCCAGUCCAGUCUCAUGCUGCGAAGUACGUUGCAGCCAACCCGGGAGCCGUCCAUGUGGCCCCUCUACCAGGACAUCUAGUCAACCAGAAGUCGGUUGUGGCAUAAAUGAAUGUGAUAAUGAUGAACUUUCUAAUGAAAUGUAAAUAAAACAACCGUGUUGUUGAAAGCAUGUUUGUUGCACAUUCCUUUAAUUUUAAAACUAUGUUGAUAUGU